AUGUUUCUUUACCAACUACUCAACUUUUUCUUUGUGGCUUCCAAAAAGGAGGAGGACGCUGAAUAUGACCUGUCCCUUUACAAGCGUGGUGAUUUAUUAGAGGUCCCCAGGACAUUAUUCACACAUUUUGGUAUUUACUUGGGUGAUAAUCGUGUAGCUCAUCUCAUUCCGGACAUCCUGCCUGUGAUAACCAAGAAUAAAUCUGCAAUUGCCAAGAUGGUAACAAAUAACCGUCUACUAUUGGGGGUUAUCACAAAGGUAGCCAGCGUCAGAGUGGACUCCGUGGUAGAUUUUGCGUAUGGCUCAGAGAUUCUGGUCAACCACAUGGACAAGGUGUGCAGCCAGCCAGCGUUGGACGGGGACGAGGUUGCCAGAAGGGCUGAGAAACUCCAGGGCUCUGUCACCUACAGCUUACUAUGGUACAACUGUGAACACUACGUCAUGUACUGCAGAUACGGCAUGGCCAUCAGCUACCAGACCUACCAGUUCUGCACAACAGUACGGAAGAUUGUUUUCAGCAGGAUGAGCGCUUAUUUGACUGCACUGUGUGGUGCAGGAACCAUGCUGUAUCUGGGCUGCGUUACACCACUGACAGUUUUGCUGACCCUGGUCAUCUCAUUCACCAUCUGGAUGGCAGCCUAA